CGAGCGACUGGAAAGUCACGCAUUCCGCCUGCGAGACACGAGGACCUCGAUAUGGGGUGGGAGACCUGGGACAUUGACCCAGUCGAGGGUGGCAGAGUGACGCAAGGAGGUGAAGAUGAUGAAGGAGGGAGGGGUGAAGAAGAAGUUGAGGGAGAGAAGGGUGGAGAAGGAAUCGAAGGAGGGAAAGGUGGAGAGAAGGUUGGUGUGUUGGAGGCUGUUGAUGCUGGAAAGACCAACGAAGACUUGAUUCAAGGAAGUUUAGCUGGUGGUGGUUGGGGGGGCAAAGAAGCUCAAAGAACAAGAUUUCAACAAGAAAUGAGUGACGCAGUGAUUGGUUGGGAUGUGGCUGUUGAAGGUGAGAAGGAAAGCAGUGGGGGCAAGGCGAAUGAAGAACAAGUGUGUGCAGAGGGAAGUGUAUCUGAUGAGAACCUGGUGCCUGCUGGGGCAGAGAGGUCAGGCCGUGUUCUCGGGGGGGUUUUCGCUUUGGAGCAGGUUGAACAGCACACCCAGCGUGUGGCCGAAGAGGAGUGGGUUGAAGAUGUGCCUCAAGUGGUGGUGGUGGAGACGAAGGUUUCUGACACUGCAGAGUUGGCUGUUGUAGGGGAUGAUGGAGGGCAGACAGAAUCGGUAGCUGAGAGAAGGCAGCUGAUGGUGCUCUUGAGGAAGGCCCGGGGGGUGUAGCUGAAGUGAGAGCUUCUGCUGACGACGCUUGCAAUGAAGAGUUAACCCUGAUCUGGGAAAGUAACGAAAAGAUGGAGUCAGCUAGCGUAGAAAAUGAGGUAGCUUCAAGUGAUGAAGCUAGAACUGUGGAGUGUGACGGUGGGAUUGAGUCAAUUGACAAUGAAAAACCAGAGAGAGAUACCAGCGAUGGAGCAAGCGGAGCAGAUGAGUACAAAGGUAACACUGCAGAAUUAAAUGUCAUUCCCGAAGCUGAUCUAGAGACGAGAGAUUAUGGACUGGAAAUGGAGAGAGAUGCUCAGAAUAAGGAUGAAGGACAAGCUCAGGAGGAAGACAGGGAAGGGACAGAGGUUGAGGUUUCUCUAGAUGAAGCAGAAUUGAUAAUUGUUGCUGAAGAUGAUGGAAAGAGGGGAGAGGAAGUGGAAACCGGUGAAGAUAGCGGAGAAGAAAAGGCCACAGUCGGCGAAAUGGAAGAGAUACCUCAACUGAAUGGUGCGGAAGAUGUUGAGAAAGAAACGUAUCGUGACCAAAUGAACACUGCAGAUUUGACAGUUGUGGUUGGAGAUGGUGGAGAGAGGGAAGAAACAAGUGGAGGUGAUGAGGGGAAGAUGAGGGGAGAGAGCACAGCUUUCAGUGGAGUAAUAGAAGAAGAGAGAAUAGCAAGUAACAAUGUUGAUGGAGGAGAACUAUUUGAAGAGGGAGCAGCAGCCAGCAAAGUCGACCAAGAAGAGGGGGAGACCUGGAAAGUUGUUGAAGGAGGGAGGGGAGAAGGAGCAGCAGUCAGCAAAGUCGACCAA